GCAAAACAUGAAACUGAGCCUGAACAGGCCGCAAUCUGCAGAAAUGGCUACACUCUGCUCUAUGAACCCUAUUCUACAAUUUGAAACAGUAUGCUGCAAAAGCAACAGCACCACUUAUUGCUACUGUGCAAGUACAGACCUCUAAACCAGAUGUAAUAAUUAAACUCCAAAUUCUAGAUUCAGAGGAAGAAAUCGUGAGCACUAUUGGGAAGGGCCAUGCUGUUAUACCUGCUUUUCUUUUCAUGUCUAAUGAGAAACCAUUAAGUUGUCAGUCAAGUAAAGGUCAGGUUCCUCAAAGCACUGCGAAAAAGGAACCUGAAGCUGUAACUUCUAAGAGAAAAGGUGCAGUAUCUGGACAGAAGAAUGUCAAGUCUCCUAUCAAGACUCUACAGGAAGGACCAACUUUAGUAGAGGAAGAAGUGUUGAUCUCUAUGCCUGUCACAGAAGAAAAUAUACAUCAACAGCCUCACAAGUAUAUUGUACAAGCCAAGGUGUUGCAGAACAGCUGGCCUCUUACUGAAAACCAAAUGACAUUUGUUCAGUCAUUGAGAGAAUUAGAGAAAAAUGAAAUUAAAGGUGAGUCAUCUUAAGUCAUCUUGUAUUAGAUGUUUAAA